UGUAACUGGUAAAGCUUGUGUUUUUACAUAUUAAAUAUCAAAAUUCAAAUAAUAAUAAUAAUAUGUGAAUAACAACAAAACUGUUUAUUAGUUUAAUGUAAAAAAAAUGCUAUUUACCGUAUUAUGUAGCAUUAUUUAAGCAAACCUAAAAUGAAAAUGUACACCAUUUAAAGUGCGACUGUUCUUUGUUUGGAAAAGUAUUUGAUUAAAUCGUAAUUAUUGAGAUAUGGCGAGCAUAGUACUAAUAGCUUGUCUGGCUGUCUUGGGUCUAAUUAUCGCAAUAGCUCUGUUUUUGGCUGGCGGAUACUUGUGGUGGCGACAUAAAAGAUCCCAACUGCAGUUUAUUGAGCCAAAUGAAGAUGAGGAAUCUAGUAGUUAUAGUCUUAGGGCUGCCCAGGAUAUUGUUGACUCUGGUAACCCACCUACAAAACCGCAAGUGCCGGCACCGCAAGCUAUUACGACUCCUCUUCAGAAUAACAUCAACAGGAAGUUAAAUGGAUUUUUGAGUCUAAGAACUCCUUUAAUAGGUGGUUCGGGGACCACACCAGCAAAACAACAAAAUGUUUCUUCAGCUGGUAACGUGGGAGAUGGGACGUCUAAAGAUUCCGCUAACAAAAGUAUCUCGAUGACAGACAUGUACCUGGAUAGCACAGAUCCUAGUGAAAAUGUUGGACAAAUCCAUUUUUCUUUAGAAUACGAUUUUCAAAACACGACGUUAAUCUUGAAAGUUCUUCAAGGAAAAGAGCUUCCUGCAAAGGAUUUAAGUGGCACUUCCGAUCCAUAUGUUCGUGUAACCCUGCUACCAGAUAAAAAACAUAGAUUGGAAACCAAAAUAAAACGCCGAACUCUUAAUCCGAGAUGGAACGAAACAUUCUACUUUGAGGGAUUUCCCAUUCAAAAACUUCAAUCUCGUGUUUUACAUUUACAUGUUUUUGACUACGAUCGGUUCUCAAGAGAUGACUCUAUAGGAGAAGUGUUUCUUCCCCUUUGCCAGGUGGACUUUGCUGGAAAACAAUCUUUUUGGAAAGCACUAAAGCCCCCUGCAAAGGAUAAAUGUGGUGAACUACUUUCCUCACUUUGCUAUCAUCCCUCAAACUCAAUUUUGACUUUAACAUUGAUUAAAGCGAGAAAUUUAAAAGCUAAGGAUAUUAACGGCAAAUCUGAUCCUUAUGUAAAGGUUUGGCUUCAGUUUGGCGAUAAGAGAGUAGAAAAAAGAAAAACACCUAUAUUUACGUGUACAUUAAAUCCAGUAUUCAAUGAAUCAUUUAGUUUUAACGUUCCAUGGGAAAAAAUAAGAGAAUGCUCCCUGGAUGUUAUGGUAAUGGAUUUUGAUAACAUUGGCAGAAACGAGCUAAUAGGACGAAUUUUAUUAGCUGGGAAAAACGGCUCUGGAGCAUCGGAAACCAAGCAUUGGCAGGACAUGAUCUCAAAGCCCAGACAAACUGUAGUACAAUGGCAUCGCUUAAAACCUGAGUAACUUUAAUAUUAAAUCAAUAACUAAAUAAUACUAAAACCAAUAAGUAUGUUGUAGAGACCCGUACAUGGAUGUACAUAAAUUAAUUUGUACUUGCAUAUACAUAUAAAUUAGCGGUUCAAAAUAAAAGAGGUCGACAAAAAUUUAUAGCCUGCACAAAACUAUAACGUUGGAAAAAUGAAAUCAAUAUCAAUUAAAUUCUAAAAAUGUAAUUGUUCUGAUUAGGGCAAUUGUUUUUUACGUGCUUACAUGUAGAGAUAUAUUUUGUAAGGUUAUGGGUUAUGAAAACAUUUUUAUAUAUAUUGUUAUACAAUUAAUUGCUGUUUAAAAACUAAAGGUGUUGAAAUUUAUUUUUCUAACUUAAAAACUUUGUUUUUUUAAUUAUUAUAAAAACUUAACAACUAAAUAGUUUGUUGGUUUUAACGUUUUUCUAGUUUAUUUUGUCAUAUAAAAAAAUAACAAAUUUAUUAUAAUAUUAAAAAAAGUAUCAACCGGUAUCAGGGGUGAAUUAUUAAUUUUAUCAGAUUCGUUUGUCGGAUAUUUUUAUCCAUACAUGUUAGACAUCUGACAUACUCAAAAAAAAAAAAAUCCCCAGGAAAUAUUUAAAAUGUAAAUAACAUUAAAAAUAAAUUGUUAAAUUAUAGCAUUAGACUAACUAAUCUAUAAAGACAUUGUUACAUGUUUUUAAAUGAAAUUAAUUGGAAAAAGAGUUCUUAUAUUCUUAAAUAUUCUUUAACCGCAUACGUAUAAUAUUAACUGUAGGUUAUCUGAUCAGAAAAUUAUUGCAUUAGCACAAUAAAGAAUAACAUAAAUGAUUUUUAAUGAAAGUAAAAAUAAUUAGCCAACCAUUGCCGAAAUAAAAAAAAUUUAAAUGAGAUAGAGAGAGAGGGAGGAGGGCGAAAGAGAGAA